CAAAUCUAUUUACUAUAUAUUAAUAAUAUAAUUUAUAAUAAUUAUGAAAAAAAAAAUGUGCAUGAUUGUGUAAAAUUAAUUUACAUGUCCGGCAUUUAAUCUAUAGUGCUCGUCGGACAAGAUUAGUAACUUAAGCGAUAAAAAAAUUGAUAUAUAAAAGACGGUGUUGGAGUGGAAAUCAACAUUACAGUUGUUCGCACAAUAGUGAGAAAAUGAAGUUUGUGAUCGUUUUAACCGCUGUUCUGGCUUUGGCCACAGCCGCCAUACUGCCGUCUCAAAAAUUGGACAGCCAAAACGAAUUGUUCGAAUCGAAUGAAAACAACAAUAACAACAACCACAACAACGAAUACACCCAAGAAAGGGAAGAACGCGAUUCCAUCGCAAACUCCUUCGACGCCAUUGUGAACGUCAUAAGACAAUACAAAAAUGACGUGGCCAAACCUGAUAACUCUAGAUUAAAUGAAAUGUCCAUCCCAGACACCGUAAACAUCGGUUACAACGCCGACACGGUCUUGACCGACGUCCAAGUCAAGGGAUUGAACAAUUUGAAAAGCCAAAACAUCACCAUGAAGUGGGGAACAGAUCUGAUCCAAGUCAUCAACAACUGGGAAGAACUCGCGGUUAACGGAGUGUUCCAUCACACAAACACCGUAGCCAGACAUAGUGGAAUAUUCCAUUUAGACAUUAUCGAACCUAAGUACAAGGGUGAAACUAUGCUCACAAAGAACUCGAACGUCUACCCGUUGAUGUCGACCGUCGGUUCCGUCAAGUUCGAAAAGUUCAUCGCCAACCACACCACGUUGCCGGAAGUGUUCCAAAACGAUAAACCUCAAUUUGAUUACUUUGUCAAACACACCAUACCCCAAUACAUAGCCACCGCUAAGGUCAACGACAUGUACAACGACGUCGCUCUGGAAAUCAGACGGGCCGUCAAGCCUUACAUGAUGUACAGGAGCAACAAAAUCGCAAGCGAAACCGCGUUACCGAUCGCCGGUAAUCUGGCCGACGGCUUCCGUUUCGAAUUGAAAAACAUCGAUUUCGACAACUCCAAGAACAACUUGGCCAAGAUUGCGUUCGUGCAGGUGAUCAAGACAAACGAGAGCUGCGUCGCCAAACUCGAACUCCGCCUAUUGGGUAUGGUCGGAGGAUUCGACAUCGUCGUGACGUCACCCAAUGGCCAGAGUGACAACCGUAGGGCCACGUACACGACCGAAGCCGUCAAGGUGGUUUCCAACUUGGACUUUGUCGAGAACAGUGUCCGAACCGCAGUCCACGUCACAGAACCUCAGAUCCAGUUCACGUCGACCGGCUCCGAUUCCUCUGUCAACUGGUCCGACGUCCAGAAACAGUUAGUCCCCCAUUUCGACGCGUACUUGACGCUCACCCUCGAGAAUGCCAUCAACCGUAACGUUCAACAGUCCAUGAUGUAAUCAGUUACGAACGGGCCGAUAACGAGUCAACUUAUACAUUUUAUGCAAUAGAAAAUAAACCAACAACAUUUCAUAACUGUUAAUGUGUUAAAAAUAAAAAUGUAUAUUGUAAUACGAUAAUAAAACAAUGUUUUCCAUUCAUAUAUUAUUAUUAUUAUUAUUAUUAUCAUGAAACCAGACGAGUCUAAAUCGUACAUUAUUAUGAACAGAGUUACGUUCGUUUGAAUGACACAGCUGGUAAAAAAUUUUUGCCUACGACGGAGUCAAAAUAAAUAAACUAAAAGUUCAGUAUUAGUUAUUUUUAAAAUGUAAUUUUAAACAUUAAAUAAAAGGUGGACAAGUGGAUGUUGCUCUGCUGUAUGGUAGGUUACAAGUGGGUCACAGUAUAAUGGAUGGUAUUAAAUUUGAAUUCAAUGAUAUAGGUAAUAUAUUAUCAUAUUAAUAACAUUUUAUUGAUAUUUAUAGAAAAAAAACUAAAAAAAUGUCCGAUAACAGCUAUUUAAAACAAAUAAAAAUGUUAUCAAGUAUAAGAAUUGAUAAAAUAAAUCAUACAUAUGAUAUAAAUCUUAAUUGUCUACGGUUAUUCGUUUUGGAAUUACAACAAAAUAAGAAAGUCGCUACAUGAGAAAUCGAGUGAAUAUCCAGUGUUGUAACAAUUUGAACUUCAAACGCUCAUAAAAAUUUAAUUUGACUUUCUAAUAGACAUUUUUUUUUUUUUUUUUGAUAUAUCUAUAACUUCUGAUAAGGAAUCUUGUAUUACAUUUUAAAAUCUUAGAUUUAAAAAGAAAAAUAUUUAGGAUUUCUAACUCAAAAUAAUAUUUUAAUUUUCAUGAUUUUUACGCAAAUUUUUAUUAUUGCGUAUAGAAAAUGCUAGUAUAAACAACCACUGAAAAUUUCAUGUAUUUUAACGAUCAUUUGUUUUAGAUUUACAUCAAAAACCGAUUUCGUGUAAAAAUUCCCGGUUUUCCUUAAUUUUUUUUUUACUGAGCUUAAGCUCGACAAUAAUGGCUAUUAGCUGUUUUUUUUUAUUUGAUUUAAGGAGGAGGAACGGUUAGAACGGUUGGUUGAAACACGUUUGUAUGUGUGGCCAGUAUUUGUAGUUAAAAAUCCCGUUUGGUCACCCAUCCAAGAGCUAGCAACAACGGCUGAUACGUACACUCAAAGCAUUUUGAGUGUACGGACCGCGCCACACCAAUAGCCACCUAAAUAAAUUGUAUGCUCUAAAAACGUAUACCUAUAUUGUGUAAUGUAAAAUGUUAUAUUAAAAUACAUUCAAAUUUUUUAGUCAAAAAAGAGUGUAAUUUUUAUUUAAAAAUGUGUAUACAUUGACUAUAUUAAUCUUAAAUCGAAUCUAUGAAUAAAAUAAAAUCACGAUCCAAGUCCUUAGAAAUUAUUAAUACCAACAAUUUAUCAGAUUACUCAAAUAUCCGAGUUAUAGGUGUAUGAGAUUUAAACGGUAACUACUGCACAAUUUUAUUGAAGAGUAACUCGAGAAGGAGUGAAUAGGGAGUAGGGACACAGCGGAGAGAAUUUUGACAUUAUUUCGCUCACCUCAGCAAACGACCUUCAGUAAAUACUCUUGUAUUGUUUCUAUGAUCGAAAAAUCAAUGAUAAAUCGUGAUAGUAUAAUAUUAUACAAUAUUGUGAAAGACGAUUUAAAGCAAUACUUGGUUUCGUGAAAACCGUCGUUUUUUCGUUAGACACCUAUAUAGUUUGUUUAAACUUUGCCACUUUUCUCAGUUUGAACGAUUAAAAAAAAAUAACUCUUUGUGUUCAAUUUCGAUUCAAAGGCCACAUAAACAAUAAUUUUACUAGCAAAAAAAAAAAAUCUACUUUUAUUAUUAUUAUUGUAAAACCAAAAAGCUGCAAGAGUCUAAAAUAUAAUUUAUUAAAUCUUGAACGAUAAAUUAAUUUAUGUUAUGAUUUGUGCUUAAAUAAGUAUAUUUAUUUAAAGUUCACAUUCUUAAAUAACAAAUUAUUGUUGAAUUUUAGUUAUAUUUCGUAAAGGUAAAAUUGAUUGCGUUUAAUAAUUAUUAUUGUUGCCAACCAACCGUUUCAACCCAACCAACCGUGACCCCUACAUAGCUAAUGGCUCUAGACCAAUAAAAAAAAAAUUAUUAUUAUUAUUAUUAUCAUACUUAUAUUAUUAUAUUAUUUUCGUACUACAUAUUUUGACUAAUACAGAUUGAAGCCCAUUUUAUUUUUACAUUUUCACGCAACAAUAUUCGAAUCCGAAAUGUUAGUUUCAUACUUCCAUACAUCAUCGAAAGCUACUUUUUUUUUAUUGCUGUUUGAUGCUUUAAAUCGUUAACAAAAGACUCAUUGUGAUGGACUGAAGUGGAUGCGUUGACUACGUGCCUCGCUCCCUUUUUUUUCCCCCGUUAAAAUAGAUUGAUAUAUUGUGAUAUAUUUCAACGGCUUACACAUAGCUUGCAGUUUUAUCUACAAAAAUGUCAUUGUUUCCCCACUCUUAUUUUUUCCUCGUAUAUAAUGCUACAUGGAGAAUUGUAUUAACUAUUUAAUCGAAAAAAAAAAACAUUAAUCGUAUACAUUCCACGAAUUAUUUUUAACAACGAGUGUUAAGUUAAAAAGCUAUUCACUAUGCGUAGAUACUAUUUAUUACGAUGCAAUACUCAGAUAUACGUACCUAACGGUG